AUGUUAGCUUUGAUAUCUAGGAAGCUCUACAGGAAAUACGUUUCGUUACUCUCUAGUCCGGUUAAAUCCCGAAAACGUAGGGUGUGGUUAACUGUAGAAAAUUCUAGAUUUUGGGAAGAUGAAGUAUCAAAGUUUAGUGAUAAAAAGUUCAAAAACACGUUUCGGUUUGACAGAUGUACGUUUAAUUUGUUGGUCAAAAAAUUACAUCGCCUGCAAAGAGAAGAUACUCUUUGGCGGUCUGCUAUUUGGUUGGAGAAACGCAUCGCUAUUGCCCUGUAUGCUUUCGGAUCGUCAGCGGAAUAUAGAACUAUUGGAAGUCUAUUCGGUGUAGGAAGAACAACUACGGGUGAACUGGUCAUUGAAAUCUGCAAUGCGGUUGUAGAUGUUGUGCAACACGAAGUGUUUGACGCAUACCCACCAACCUCGGAGAAGAUAUCAGAAAUAGUCGGUGGCUUCGAGAAACUGGGUUUUCCACAAUGCUACGUUGCCAUUGAUGGAUGCCAUAUAGAAGUCAAAGUACCAAAAAAUGAGGCAACCGACUACUAUAACUUCAAAGGAUGGCAUUCGGUUAUUCUGUUUGCUGCGGUGGAUCAUCGUUACCGGUUCACAUAUAUCAACGUAGGAGUUCCUGGCCGUUCAAAUGAUUCAACUAUUUUUGAGAACUCCAAACUCAAAAAAGUACACUGCACGAACGAGACAUUUAAAGCGCAUUCGAAACUAAUCGAAGGGGUUGUAGUACCGAUACUGUUGAUCGGCGAUUCGGCUUUCAGACUGUCAAACCAGGUGAUGAAGCCGUUUCUAUUUUCUGUAGAUCAGCCGGAGCAUGAAAAGUUAUUUAAUUAUCAUCUAUCAGCAUGCCGACGGGUUGUAGAGAAUGCUUUCGGCCAUCUGAAGGCCCGUUUCAGAAGAAUCGGGAAAGGUUUGGAGGUCGACCUAAAUAAUGUCAAUACAAUUAUCAAAACUUGCUGCAUUCUACAUAACCUAUGUAACAACCACAAUGACCAUAUUAACAAAAAAUGGAUGAUCCAGAUUCAAACCUUAAAUUCGAAGCAACAACCACAAAGAGGAUUGAUAGUAAGAAACGAAAACGCAUCAGCAUCCAAGAUUAGAAACGCACUGAUG